GUCAACGAGACCAGCAAGAUUGUUCCUGUCACCCAUCUCGAAUAUUAAGCAAUUUUGUUGAACCCACUGUCAAAAUGGAUGAGUUUCAGACUGGAGAAGAGACUGCGUUUGUAACAGAUGAAGUAACAAACAUAAUCAAAGAGUCCAUUGAGGGUGCAAUAGGUGGCAAUGCUUACCAGCAUAACAAAGUCAACCAGUGGACUUCCAAUGUUGUGGAGCAGUGUCUGAACCAGCUUACCAAAUUAGGGAAGCCAUUUAAAUAUAUUGUGACAUGUGUUAUAAUGCAGAAAAAUGGUGCUGGAUUACAUACAGCAAGCUCAUGCUUUUGGGAUAAUACGACAGAUGGGAGCUGUACUGUGAGAUGGGAGAACAAGACCAUGUACUGUAUCGUCAGUGUGUUUGGUUUGGCCAUAUAACUACUCUACAAACAGACAUCUUAUUUGGUGUUUUAAAAGACGUUUGACAGUGAUCAGAGCUAUUCUAUGUGUACACGGGACAGGAGGUUAUCUGUGUAUUUAUGGAAUAUGUAGCACACCACCAAGAUCACAUUUGGAUUAUGUUAAAACUUUCGAUAUUUAUCAACAUGGUUGGUUGUUUUGACCAAACUGAUGACAUUUUAUGUGCCAGUUAUCUCAAACUGACACAAAUUCCAAUUUUUCUGUCGAGUACAAGUAUUAUAAGCCAAUUGUGGAAGAUUUUUUGACAUUAUCAAAGUCAUCAGUGAGCAGUAUCAGGAAAGAAUGAUCAAUGGUACUUGGUUACUGAUCAGAAAAGAUAUUUAUUUGAUCUUGUUUUUGUCUGGAUAAUUUUUUUCACUAAUUCGUUUCAGGUUAUAUUGGCUGUCAUGUAAAAAUAAAAUAAUUAGUAUGGUAAAUGAUUUUUUAGAACUGUCCAAAAAAAAAAAGAAAAUCCUGCUGACACAGUUUUCAUAUCAAUAGUUAACUGACAUUUCUCAUAUAAUCAUCCAUGAGUUUUAGCUGUCAUUGAUUUUAUUUUUCUCAAAUGAUGAGAAGUUUCAGUUCAUUGAUGAAAUAAAUCAGUUUAAAAGACAACAAUGCAACUUUUCUUUGUUUAACAGUGCUAACCAAAACGAAAAUAUUUACAUAACAACACACAGAGUUUCUCAUGGUUCAUGAACUAAAACCUCCGUUUAUAUUUUAGUUUUUUUGGUACCACUUCUCUUCUACUUUCCUCCUUAAAGCUAUCAUUAGUAUCGCCAUAGCUAGUUCUGUAUUGUCAGGUGAUAGACAAAUAUCACGGUUGAAAUAUUUAUUAUUCUAGACAGGCUGAGUAAUGAUAGAUAAAAAAGAUCUAGUUUUCAUAUUGUUUUAAUAAAAUUUCUUAAGUACUGUAGCAAUUCCACUUGAAAUCAUGUACUAUGAAUAAUAUAUGCCUGUAAUUAUACUAUUAUAUAACACUGUGUUUUUAAAUGUUUAAGUUAUUGCACUUUUCAUAUAUUCCCAUUUUAGAUUGAAGCCUUGCAUUAAUGAGAAUCAAACUCCCAAAAUAAUUUGGUGCGUUGCUAUAUGGUAUAUGUUGAAUAAAUUUCUAUCUAAUUCUUGUGAGAUGUAGGAUAUAUAGGACUUUGGCAAGUUUGUGUAAUCUUUUCAGGAACGAUUUUUGAGAAAAUAGCUGUUCUGUGAAUAUUCUGUAUAUUGGAUAAAAUUUGGACCAUCAGUUUGAAGUCAUGAUAUCACGCCUGUAAGGGUGUGAUAUACAGUCCUGUAAAUAGCUAGAAUACAGCCUCUGUUGUAUUUAUUGACAAAAUUAAACAAUAAAUUGUGUUCAAAUACAA